AUGACUGACGAAUUCAAGAGAGUGGCCCAAGCCAAAGCCAGCGCAGGAACCCUCGUUCUGCCACCUGCCAAGCCUCCAGCCCCGUUCAAGCGUCGACCCAAAUUCGGAACCAAGACAACGACUGAAUCCUUGCUCAGUACUCGCCAGACUCAAUCCCAGACCCUAAUCACAUGCGACAGCAAGUAUAUGGACGAGUCGGCUCCCAUGCCGCCUCAAGAUAUCCUGAGCAAUAGCGUUCCUGGAAUUUGCGACGGGUUUGAGGAGUUCAGGUGCGGUGAAACCAUACCGCAAAGUCGCGUCGGUGGUCUGUAUUUUGCCGAAACUUCUUGGAUGGAGCCACCUUGGAUAUGUUCUCGCCCAGUCGACGGGGCACCAGUUUCAGUGGUUGUCAGGAUAUUGGUGCUGGACGCAAGUAGACGACAGGGUUUGUAUGCUGGUGUUGAAGCAGAAUUUCAUCACUAUACGUCGGGAGGUUGGCAAGCCUUCGCCCCGGGCUUAGAAGUGUUGUGCAAUGAAGCCCGCGAAGUGAUUCGAAGCUGUGCCGGUUGCCAUCUAGACAUCUGCACCUCUCGUUGUCAGAGAGGCGGGGUUAAUACAAGCUUGAUCUGA